AUGGCGAAGUUGAAGGAGGAGAUGGACGUGGAAGAGACCGAACGCUUAAUCGCGAGGGGAGAGACGGCGCGGAAGCCGACGCUAAUUGGAGAUCUCGGCUACGAUUUGGACUCGCGGCCGUCUUCGAUGGCGUUCAGCACGCUUUCAUUUAGUCAGCUUCCCGACGCCUGCUCCACGAAUCGCACGAACAGAGGAAUUGGUUCCGGCGACAUCAGACUCACCAUGACGCUCCUCCAGAAAGUCCUGAUAAUAUCCGUCAUCGUCAUUGUUUUCGUCGGCGUCAUUGGCGUAGCCGUGUUCUGCGUUGUGUGGGCCGCCAAGGGCCAGUCGCAGCCGUGA